AUGGCUGAUCUUGCGAGCCGAAUUACAAAGCCUGAUGAGGCUGCCGCGGAUCCUCCAGCCGAAAGUGCUCCCGCCUCUACUGGCGAACUUGGCCAAGCCGACGGCAACAUCGAGGACCUCGGUGGCUCUGGUCUCCAUGAGCCUGAAUGGGAUGUCGAGGUCUCCCUGAGCGAGCUACAGAACAAUGAAGCCACCCCCUUCCACUCUGCCACCACCUGGCAGGAUCUUGGCCUCCGCGAGGAUAUUCUGAAGGGUCUCCUCAGCCUUAACUUUCUGAAGCCCUCCAAGGUACAAGGCAGAUCACUUCCGCUGAUGCUCAGCGAUCCGCCGCGAAACAUGUUGGCGCAGUCCCAGUCUGGCACUGGCAAAACCGCUGCCUUUGUGACCGCGAUAUUGUCGCGAGUUGACUUCAGCAAACCUGACCAGCCCCAAGCUCUUGCUCUUGCACCUAGCCGAGAACUGGCGCGACAAAUUGAAGGAGUUAUCAACGCCAUCGGACGCUUUAUCGAGAAUAAGAAGGUUGCUGCUGCGAUCCCUGGCGCACUCCCUCGUGGAGAACCCGUCAGGGCUAGUGUCAUUGUCGGCACUCCAGGUACAGUGAUGGACAUCAUUCGACGCAGACAGUUGGAUGUCUCUCAGCUCCGCGUUCUUGUCCUUGAUGAGGCCGACAACAUGCUGGAUCAGCAAGGACUCGGGGACCAGUGCCUUCGGGUCAAGAACAUGCUCCCCAAGGACAUCCAGGUCCUUCUUUUUUCGGCCACCUUCCCCGAGAAUGUCAUGAAGUAUGCCAGCAAGUUUGCGCCUAACGCCCAUAGUCUUAAGCUGCAGCGUAGUGAGCUCACAGUCAAGGGCAUCUCUCAAAUGUUCAUCGACUGCCCAGAUGAUAAUACGAAGUACGAUAUUCUCUGCAAGCUUUAUGGAUUGAUGACCAUCGGCCAGUCAGUCAUCUUCGUCAAGACACGAGAAAGCGCCAACGAGAUUCAGAGGCGAAUGGUAGCAGAUGGUCACAAGGUCUCCGCGCUCCAUGCCGCUUUUGAUGGAUUCGAGCGAGAUGAUCUUUUGUCCAAAUUCCGCCAAGGCGAGAACAAGGUUCUCAUUACCACCAACGUUUUGGCUCGUGGUAUCGAUGUUUCCAGUGUGUCCAUGGUUAUCAACUAUGACAUCCCCAUGAAGGGAAGAGGCGACACUGAACCAGAUGCCGAGACCUAUCUGCACCGUAUCGGCCGAACCGGUCGAUUUGGCCGUGUCGGGGUCAGCAUCAGCUUCGUUUACGAUAAGAAAAGUUUCGAUGCCUUGAGCAAGAUUGCCGAGCAGUAUGGUAUUGACUUGGUCAAGCUUGAUACCGAGGAUUGGGAUGAGGCAGAGGAACGAGUGAAGGAAGUCAUCAAGAAGAACAGAGCUCAAGCUUCGUAUGCCCCCAGUGCGACUGAGCCUAAGGCUACCGAGGGUGCCUAG